AUCUGCUUGCGAUGCAAAUCCAAAGACUUACCCUGUAGUUAUCGAGCAAUGUUCACAGCCUCUUCCUCCGCCCCUCCCAAUAGCGGAACAGCGAGCACAGCCACAGCCACUACCUUGCCGGAGAAGACCACUACGAUCCCCACACAACCACCACUCCCCUGCAAGGCUGGGCCCUCCCUCAACCCCCAAGAACUAGAACUAAUGGUGCAAUGGUGCACGCACACUUAUGCGACCCUUUCUCGAAACCACGCCGUGGAAUGGAUCUGGAAAUCCGUCAUCCCCCGAAGGGCGGUCCACGAUCCCGCGCUGAUGCACGGCAUCCUCGCCCUCUCCGCACUGCACCUGGCAUUCCUCCACACCCAUCCCCAGCGCAAGGACUACCUCGACAUUGCGCAGUGGCAUCACCACAAAUCCAUCUCCGGCGUCCGCAACAUCGAGGCUCUCAGCGAGGCCAACGCCAGCGCAGCCUACGCCCUCUCCAACAUCAUCAUCAUCUUCACCUUUGCGCUGCCUCUACUCAGUGACAGCGGCGGCGGAGGAGGAGGAGGAGGGGGAGGAGGAGUAGGAGCAGGGCAGCCCUCGACCCCGUACGAUGACUUACUCCAGAUCUUCCAUAUGAGCCGUGCCUCGCUGAAGAUCUUAGUCGCAGUCUCCGAGUGGGUGCAAGCAAGCGACCUAGCGAUCCUCGCCACGGCCGCCCCGGUCGGGCAAUCGAGCACCCAUACUCGGGUGUUCACGUUGCCAUCUUUUCUGGAUGCGGCCCUUCGGGAGCUUUCCCUGCUGAACGGGCGGUUAAGGGAGGGCAAUUCGCAUCACCCCAGCAAAGUGUAUGGACCAGUCCUCGGUCAACUCCGGACGGCAUUCGAGAGCACCUCCAAAGAGAGUGAGGACGGGAUCAUCACAGCCCUGUUUUGGUGGAUCUUUGCCCUUCCACCAGAGUUCUUGGACCUCCUGGGCGAGAGGGAGCCAUUUGCGAUGGUAAUUCUGGCCCUUUUCUGUGCGUUGAUGCAUCGCCUGCGCGGGCAGUGGUGGAUGGAUAAUUGGGCGGAGAAGGUGGCCCGGGAUAUUCGUGGAUCCCUGGAUCUUUCGUUAGCAAGCUUCGUUCCUUGGGAACUUUGUUUUGAAGGCCGAUCAUUAGUUUGACCCGGCAACAUUCUCCAUGAUGAUUCAAGGAAUUGAGAGAUUUGCAAGGAUUGAUCAACUUUCACUCCGGUAUUAACAGUGCGUAUCACCGAUAUCGCCGAACUGCCUCAGGCACCACCCAACUCUUCAGCUUCGGACAUCAAAUCCUGGGCUCGGAUCUUCCCACCAAACAACCACCAAACCCAAAAGUGAAUUCUUUCUGACUCC